GAUAGAUUACAGAAGAUAUCGUCAAUUUAAAUACAAUUCACAAGGAUACUAAGCGUUUGCAAUUUGAUGUUACAUGUAAAAUAACUCAGAACUUUCAAGUACGUGCUUGAUAAUAUUAUAAGAUGAGGAAAUAAAUGAUGACACUUCUAUAAUCCAAAUAGAAACUCGCAAUUAACUGGAUAUACCUAAAUAUAAUCUGAUUUUCGGCCUUGUGUAUUUCUGUAUCAUGCUUUUCCUUUAAUAUAUUUAUCAUAUCCUUUGAUUUAAACAAGCGUAAUGCGUUAAAAACGGGAAAUAUUUUGACGACCGCAUACUAAAUGUUUGACAGAUUUGUUUUGAACAUACACAAGAUUUAUGGAAUCGACAAUUCUUAUUCUUGUGAUGAUUUUUUGGAAGCAUUCGGCCGGUGAAUUCUACGACCCUUAUCUAAAGAUACUUGACGACUGUAAUGAACGAUACAUUGCCACUACCCGUAACAAAGAAAAUCGUUAUUUGCCAAACAGUAACGAAGCUUGGACUGUUUUAGUCUCAGAAACGCAAUGUUCUUCUGGACUGUCUAUCCGUAUAAAUCAACUUUCUAUCUACACAACCAAUGAUAGUUGCACCGACUAUCUGAAGAUAGAAGAAAUCGGUUCAUCCCGUGUUUUGUUUCACAGCUGUGAUGGAAAACAGAAUUAUAUAGAAACAGCGGGAAACGGAGUCAGAAUAUCAUUUAUAUCAGACGAUAUGCACGAAGGAUCAGGAUUUCAACUAAGCGUUAAAAAAAACUGCAGUCGAAACAUACCUAUAUGCUCCUCAAAUUUAUCUUCGUUAAAACCUUUUAAUGAAAGAGAGUCAAAAUCGACAAAGGAAUCUCACGAACAUCUUUCAGCAGGUGUUUUGUCUACACAAUAUUUGACAUCUUUUAAUGAAAGAGAGUCAAAAUCGAGAAAGGAAUCUCAAGAACGUCUUUCACCAGGUGUUUUGUCUACACAAUAUUUGACAGCGACAGUUAUAUCAUCGAUACACCAAAGUACUGUUGAUGUACCUUUCAAAGAAAACACUUAUCUUACAGUUGUGAUUUUGACUACCUUUUUAGCUGGUAUUAUAUGCACAUCAGUUUUCGUUGCAAUAGUUAUAUUGAUAAGAAAUAACAGUUUUUGUUUCAGAAAUAAAAAAAAUAAAGCGGCAAACCCCUCCAUUCGAAUGCCUCGAACAUCUCUGUAUGCAGCAAUAGAAAAUUUAAACGAACGCAAAGGCUCCGAGACAAACAACUGUAUAACCCAAUUUGCAGAAACUGCAGUAAUAGAAGAAAGAUGCAUAUAUGCUGUUCCUGGAAAUAAAAAUGAUGUGACAAAUACUGGAAGAUUCCAAAUUUCAGAAUGUGAAGCUGAGAAAGUACAGGUUUCUUUGGCUGUGAAUGAAAAAUGUCUUGAUACAAACCAUUCCGGAUUCCUGCAACAAGAUGAUAACGAGGUCAACCCAUAUCGUGAUAACCCAAACUACGAUAUCUUAUAUAGACCCCGAUCACCUCUGUAUGAAAAGCAAUGUAAUAUUUAUAAUACACAUUUAUGAAGCUUCUUAAAACAAAACAUGUUCCAUCAUAUUAAUACAAAAAUUAAGUGAAGAAAAAUAUAAAGAAAUGUUAGGGUUGCACUUUAGAAGUAUUUACAAGUGUGUUUGAUGUAUGUUUAAAUGCAUUUUAAGUAUAAAAAUGCCUUCUUCUUGUUAGCUCACCUGAACCGAAGGUUCAAGUUAGCUUUUCUGAUCACCCGUUGUCCGUCGUCCGUCCGUCCGUCUGUCUGUCUGUCUGUCCGUCCGUCUGUAAACUUUUCACAUUUUCAACUUCUUCUCAAAAACCACUGGGCCAAAUUUAACCAAAUUUGGUACAAAGCAUCCUUAUGGAAAGGGGGUUAUAAAUUGUUAAAAUAAAGGGCACAGCCCUUUUCAAAAGGGAGAUAAUUGCGAAACAGUAAGUUUAGGGUGCAUGUCUUUAAAAAUCUUCUUCUCAAGAACCACGGCACCAGAAAUGCCAAUAUUUACACAAAAGCUUGUAUAUAUAGUGAAGAUUCUAAAUUGUAAAAAUCGUGACCCUCGGACCAAAACUGGGGCCCCAGGCGGGGUUCAAAGUUUAAUAUAGAAAUACAUAGGAAAAUGUUUAAAAAAUCUUCUUCUCAAGAACCACUGCACCAGAAAUGCCAAUAUUUACACAAAAGCUUUUAUAUAUAGUGAAGAUUCUAAAUUGUAAAAAUGGUGACCCUCGGACCAAAACUGGGGCCCCAGGCGGGGUUCAAAGUUUAACAUAGAACAACAUAUGGAAAAUGUUUAAAAAAUGUUCUUCUCAAGAAACACUGCACCAGAAAUGCCAAUAUUUACACAAAAACUUGUAUAUAUAGUGAAGAUUCUAAAUUGUAAAAAUCGUGACCCUCGGACCAAAACUGGGGCCCCAGGCGGGGUUCAAAGUUUAACAUAGAAAUACAUAGGAAAUUUUUUUUAAAAUCUUCUUCUCAAGAACCACUGCACCAGAAAUGCCAAUAUUUACACAAAAGCUUGUAUACAUAGUGAAAAUUCUAAA